CUCCAACGAGAAGGGCACAGCUAGCGUAGCGUCCAGGCUCUACCACGCGAACCCGGCCAUGAGGGGUUCUUUCCUUUCUAGCCCCCAGCUGAUUGGACAGACGCGAGAUAAGCUGCAAGACAACCUUUCUUGCCCCCGAACGUCCCCGCAGUCUGGCCAUUGAGCUUGUUGCGUGGGAUGGGCCGGAUGGCAGCUUUUUUUUCACCCCUGGGGGAUAUUCAUGUCCGUCUGCUUCGAGGUGCAUUCCGAGACUUUAGCCGACGUCUUCAGCAUUACAGCCGAGCUGACCAAUUUCGUCGUCAUCUCUCACAUUGGCACUUGUCGACGCUGGAUGAGCAUAUUUAAGGAGACGGACAUCCCAGUCGAACUGUCGAACCCCCCCCAGUGAUUCGCAAUGGGCGCUGAGAUUACAAACGUGGCUUCUCACCACGCGAAGUCGUCGCCUCACGAUGCCGCCGAGACGGGCCAGGCGGCUACCGACAAAUAUGGCCAUGCUUUGGUGCAAUAUGACCCCAGCGCCGAGAGGAAACUUCGUCUCAAGAUCGACUUGAUGAUUGUACCCACCGUCGCCCUGCUGUACUUGUUCUGCUUCAUUGACCGCGCCAACAUUGGGAAUGCCAAAAUCGCUGGCCUUGAGAAGGACCUGGGCAUGGUCGGCUACGACUACAACAGCAUCGUGUCCAUCUUCUACAUCUCCUACAUCGUCUUCGAGAUCCCCUCGAACCUGCUCUGCAAAUGGAUAGGACCCGGCUGGUUUCUGCCACUGACCACCCUGAUCUUUGGCAUCGUCUCGCUCGGCACCGCCUUUGUCACCACCGUCCCACAACUUUCGGGUGUUCGCUUCGUACUGGGCAUUUUCGAGGCCGGCAUGCUCCCCGGCAUCGCGUACUACCUCUCCCGCUGGUACCGACACAACGAGCUGGCCUUCCGACUCGGCCUCUACAUGGUCAUGGCGCCCCUGGCUGGCGCUUUUGGCGGCCUUUUGGCAUCGGCUAUUUUGACCCUGGACCAUUUUGGCUCCGUCACCUCCUGGCGCAUGAUCUUUGCUAUCGAGGGCAUUAUCACCAUUGGCAUCGCCCUGAUUGGGUUCAUCACCCUGACCGACCGUCCCGAGACCGCGCGGUGGCUAUCUCCCGAGGAAAAGAGGCUCGCCAUUGAUCGUGUCAAGUCCGAAAGGGUCGGUUCGACAGUCGUCCUCGACAAGAUCGACAAGCCCAAGUUACUUCGGGGCAUGCUGUGCCCUAUUACCCUCAGCACGGCCGUGAUCUUCCUUCUGAACAACAUUACCGUGCAAGGGCUUGCCUUUUUCGCGCCAACCAUUGUCAGCAGCAUCUACACCGAGGCGACCACCGUGCAAAAGCAGCUAUACACAGUCCCGCCCUACGUGGUUGGAGCCUUCUUCGUCCUGAUGCUGCCACUCGUCUCAUGGCGUAUCGACCGUCGCCAGAUCUUCUUCAUCCUGGCCGCCCCGUUGGUCAUGGUCGGCUACUGCAUCUUCUUGGGGACAGAGAACGGCACCGCCCGCUACGCCGCGACCUUCCUCAUCGCGUCCUCUGCGUUCAUCCUCGGGCCCCUGAGCAAUGCACAAGUCUCGGCCAACGUGGUCAGCGACACCGCGCGUAGCGCCGGUAUCGGCAUGAACGUCAUGUUUGGCAACGUCGGUGGUCUGAUCAGCUCCUGGAGCUUCCUGCCCUGGGACGCGCCCAACUUCCCCAUCGGCAACGGUCUCAACCUCGCCACAGCCAGCACCAUCCUGGUCCUGAGCACGCUCACGCUGUUGUGGAUGAAGAGGGACAAUAAGAAGAGGGAGGAGCGGGAUAUCGAUGAGGAGCUGAGCGGGCUGACGCAAGCCGAGAUUGAGGAUCUUGACUGGAAGCACCCAGCAUUCCGCUGGCGACCGUGAUUGUGUCCCUUGGGGGUUGGGACACUGGCCGGUGGCGGCAGCGCUGAUAUAGAUACACAUGUAUACAUUGCUCACAGCCACAUAUGCAACUAGUAGCAGGCAGAAAGCAGAUUCUCUAUGCUGCCGCGGUAACCGACUGCUCCGCGCGAUGCUGACGUGAGAUCUCCAUCCAAGCUCACUUUAGUCGCCGGGCCCGGAAAAUGCAAGUUAUCCGUGG